CCAACAGGCCUGUUAUCAUCUUCACUAAUAAACGAAACAAAGCGAAGCGAAGCAACACUGUCUGUUUCUCAUGGCCUCCAUCCAUCUCCUCCACGGCCUCUCGCCGACUACUCCCAAAGCCCUAGCCUUACCCAGAUUCCGGACCUCCACUAUAGCCACCCGGUCGCUCUCUUUCCCCAAACCCAAAUCGAAGACCAUCACUUGCAUGUCCUCCGGCACUCCCACGCCGGCCACAGAUCGCUUAAUCUCCGCCGUCUCAUACACUCUCCCCUUCUUCAAUUCCCUCCAGUACGGUCGCUACCUGUUUCUCCAGUUCCCCAAACUGGGCCUUCUCUUCGAGCCGCUGCUUCCCUUGUUGGGUCUCUACAGGUCCAUCCCCUACUCGAGCUUCGUCGCCUUCUUCGCCCUCUAUUUGGGUGUGGUCAGGAACCCUAGCUUCAGCCACUACGCCAGGUUCAAUGCUAUGCAAGCAGUUACUUUGGACGUCCUCUUGGUUCUGCCACUCCUCGUUCAGAGGAUCUUCAGCCCGGGUCAGGCCGGUCUAGGCUUCAAGCUCAUGGUCUGGGGCCAUAAUGGUAUUUUCGUCUUCAGUGUUUUCUGCUUUGUUUAUGGCUUGGUUAGUUCUGUUUUGGGUCGCACUCCUUACUUGCCCUUUGUUGCUGAUGCCGCCGGCCGCCAGCUCUGAUCUCGACUCACUCUUGUUUUGUUCUAUGUUAUGUAUGGAGCUGAUGGUAUCAAAGGGUUGAGUUUUAUGUGCUUGAGUUUCACUGCUAGUUUCAUAAUCAAUUCAGGAAGCGAUUGCAUUCGCCCUUUUAUGCUUGCUGCAUGUUGAUUUCUUUGGCUUGUCUUGAGAAUAAAAUUGCUACGUAAUCGAGUCA